AUGCAGGUGUCUAUCGCGUGUACCGAGCAGAGCCUUCGCAGCCGGAGCAGUGAGGACCGUCUGCGUGGACCCGGGCCAGGCCCCGGGGGCGGUAACGGCGGGCCGGUCGGCGGGGGACACGGGAAUCCUUCGGGGGGUGGCGGGUCGGGCCCCAAGGCCCGAGCCGCACUGGUCCCCCGACCCCCAGCGCCUUCUGGGGCCCUCCGAGAGAGCACCAGCCGAGGCACUGGCAUGAAAUACAGGAACCUAGGAAAAUCUGGUCUUCGGGUAUCCUGUCUUGGCCUGGGUACCUGGGUCACAUUUGGUUCUCAGAUCUCAGAUGAGAUAGCAGAGGAUGUGCUGACAGUAGCCUAUGAGCAUGGUGUAAACCUGUUUGACACUGCCGAAGUGUAUGCAGCAGGAAAGGCAGAAAGAACCCUAGGCAACAUCCUCAAGAGCAAAGGUUGGAGGAGAUCAAGCUAUGUCAUCACCACAAAGAUUUUUGGGGGAGGACAGGCAGACACUGAGCGAGGCUUGAGCCGCAAACACAUCAUUGAGGGCUUGCGGGGUUCCCUGGAAUGCCUCCAGCUGGGAUACGUGGACAUCAUCUUUGCCAAUCGCUCAGACCCCAACAGUCCUAUGGAAGAGAUUGUGCGAGCCAUGACCUACGUCAUCAACCAGGGCCUGGCCCUGUACGGGGGGACAUCCCGAUGGGGGGCUGCAGAAAUCAUGGAGGCCUACUCUAUGGCCAGACAAUUCAAUCUGAUUCCUCCAGUGUGUGAACAAGCUGAACACCACCUGUUUCAGAGGGAGAAGGUGGAGAUGCAGCUGCCAGAGCUCUACCAUAAGAUCGGUGUUGGCUCAGUUACCUGGUCCCCUGUGGCCUGUGGUCUCAUUACCAGCAAGUAUAACGGGCAAGUCCCAGAUACCUGCAGGGCCACAAUCAAGGGCUAUCGGUGGCUCAAGGACAAAGUGCAGAGUGAGGAUGGCAAGAAGCAACAAGCCAAAGUCACGGACCUUCUCCCCAUCGCUCACCAGCUGGGCUGCACUGUUGCCCAGCUUGCUAUUGCGUGGUGUCUCCGCAGUGAGGGUGUCAGCUCGGUCCUGCUGGGCGUGUCGAGUGCAGAGCAGCUGAUAGAACACCUGGGGGCUCUACAGGUGCUGAGCCUAAUGACCCCACACACGGUGAUGGAGAUAGACGGGCUCCUGGGGAACAAAUCGCAUUCUAAGAAAUAG